GUGUAAUUAACAAAUUUUAAUGUACACACAAAAUCCUUAAUUGAACUGUAUAAACAAAUGAUUGUUAAAUGUUUGUUGUUAGAGAGGUAGUUGUAGAGAUGUCGUUUUGGCGAGAACUCCAUUGUGAGUGCGAGCAAUUAUCAUUAGUAAAAACCAGUGCCUUUUUCAUUAUUUUGUUCCUUCAAAAUGGAUAUUGUAAUAAAGACGAAUACCAGGCAUGCAGAUAUGAAGAAUCUACUGUAGGUAACACAUCGCAAAAGGCGUUUUGGUAUUCAAGUGGAAUUCAGAAUGAAAUAAUCCUAUCUACUCCACCAUGUAUCCAUCAAAAUGGGACUUUGAUUACAAGAGUAUGUAAAAAUGGUAAAUGGAUACCAGACAUUGCUAAAACAGUUUGUCCAAAAGCAACAGGAAAAAAACGAACUUGUCCUCCAAAAUUCGAAGAAACUCCUACCAGUUGCCUAUUUAUAGCUCCCGCUCAACCAUGGGGGCAUAUUUGCAAUUCGCAAACUUUAAAUAUGGAACCUGAUAACACUUCUUUAAAAAACGAACUUAUAUGGUUACCUUAUAAAAGAUUAACAGCAUAUGGUCGGUUUGAAUCGGUUGCUUUUGGUGAUAAAUUUGGCACUCCAUUUGAUAAUCCCAUAAGUGCUUCGUUGAGUGAUCCUAAUUUUUUUGACAAGAACUGUUUGGUUGCCGAUAGUACAUCAAAAAAAUAUUAUCCGGAGUUUUGUAACAGUACGCAUCGAUAUAUUUGUGAGUUUUCUAAGGAGCUGACAAACUCUAAAUGUCCGAAAAACUGUAUUAGUGCUGAUUAUAUUUCGGGUUCUUGUUACUGCAAAUAUGAACGGGAUUGUCCAGAUCUUGCCAGAGUUGACAAUAUUUACGAUCUUACAGUUCUUCAAGAUAUUAUACGUGAUGAUAAUCGUGACGAUGUUUGCUAUGUUGGGAAAAAUAAUGAUCCAGAUGAAUCGUUUGCAGGAUUAAUGCAGUCAAUAAGCGUUAACCGUUGGAGCUAUACUAACGAACCUUUAAACUGCAGAAUGUGUCUUACUACUAGAUAUAAAUCUUCAACUAAGUAUGAAGCACAGAUGGCUUUAGCCUUUGAUGAAAAUAGUUCCAGUUUGUGUCUUACGAUCUAUCAUCCUGAAAGUUUAUUUAACGAAGGUCUUGAUCAGACAAUAUAUUGUUUUACUGACGCAGAUGCGUAUGAGUUGAAAAAAAGAAAAAAAGUGUCGUUCUUAUUUUCCAACAAAGAUACUGCCGAACCUUACAAUGUAUAUGAAGUGGAAUUAGAAGAAUAUAUUGGAGUUUAUUGGUGUGAAGGUUAUACAGAUAUGGACGAUAAUGACGAAAAUAAGAUUAAUUCAAACCAUGUUUUGGCUUAUAAAACUAAGACAGGUAGUGAAUUUGCUGCAAGACUAGUAAUCAGAAGUAUUUGUAUCUUAUUUCCUUGUGACAUAACUUAUAAUAUUGACUUUGAAACUAUAAUUAAAAAUACUUUUACCGAUUUUCGACAAGAGGUUCGGGUUAUGGAGAUUUACAGUUUUGACUUUGAAGCCAUAGAUCUGUUACUCCAUGUAACCACUAAAGGCACGGGUAAUGUUAUGGAAAAUUACAAGUACGUUUGUGACCAAAUAAAACAAAAGGAGGAGAAAAACGAGCUAACUGUUAAUUACAUCAGAAGUUCUGAAUAUUGCUUACCGGAAAAAUCCGUUGGAUUAGACUGGCCUCUUACACCUAUGGGUCAAGGAGCAGUACCAGAUCAAUUAUGCCUGCAACAUAACUCGCUUCCAGUAGUGCGGUAUUGCGGUGGUCAUUUUUUAACUGGUGCAACCUGGAAAGAUGUGAUAGGAAGCUGUGCCUCCAACACUGCGAUUCCUGAUAGCACCAAGUAUUUAUAUGGUGCCUUAAACGAAAGUGUCAGCGACGAAACUAUUACUAACAUUACUAAUCUGAUUAGGAAUGAUCCAGAUCUACCAGUUAUAUCAAUUUAUUACGCUUCAAAGUUUUUGGAUAAGAUUUAUUCACAGACAAACACAACAAUAAGUAACUCUAUCAAUAGUACCAUAGAUCUAACAGAUAGUAUACUUGAAGUACAAAAAGAAACGUUGGUUUAUUCACAAGAACUGUUAAACGUUACAGAUGAUUUAAUAGAUUUAGUUGAAAAUAUUCUUACAAGUACUACUAUUGAAGAUGAUCAUUUAUGUUUGCAAAGAAACAAUGUUAUUAUACAUGUAACUAACCCAGUGUUAAGCGGAGUUGGUGGCGUGGUUGUUUAUCAACAAAGUGGGGAAGCUCCGUAUGUUGAGGAUCUUCCUAGAAACAGUACCUUUCGUGAGGUUAGGUCAAAUGCAUUGAUUGCUUUACUUAUACCAGAAGAAAUUAUUCAUUAUAAGAACGGUUCAAAUCUAACAGUAAUAACGACAGUUUAUUUUAAGGAUGCUUUUUUUGAAAGCAACUAUACUAAAAAGCCUUCAGGUCCAGUAAUAAGUGUUACUAUACCUGAAUUUGGAGGUUAUCUUCCUACACCUAUACCGAUUUUAUUUGAUGUAACUAAUUUCACCGAUACACCAGAAUGCGUCUUCUGGGACUAUGGCAAAAAGACCGUAAGAAGAAAGGGACAUUGGUCGAAAGUUGGAGGAACGUACGUUGGACAACUAAGUAAUAUAAGUACUUAUCAUAUUUGUAUGUAUUCCAUUUAACGCACUUUUCUCUUUUAAGAGAAUCGUUGGGUGCUGAUAUAACUGAGACAGAUUAUAUUAUUCUUGACAUCAUAACAAUAAUUGGUGAUAUUAUGUCAGCACUUGGUGUAAGUGGAAUAUUUGUGACAGCAAUGAUGUUUAAGAAAUGGCGUAAAAAACCAGGAACAACUAUUUUGUUACAUUUGUCUGUUUCUAUAUUUUUGGAAACCAUUUUAAUGCAGUUGACUGAUUUAAAUAUGUUUUCAUUGCCGGACGCUUGCUCAGUUUUUGGUAUUUUUAUACACUAUAUGGUCAUUAGUAAAUUUUGUUGGAUGCUGGUCUAUUCGUUCUUGCAGUACAUGAGAUUUGUAAAGGUACUAUCUAUCUUGCCUGAAAAUAUAGUACUUAAAUCGACUAUUUUUGGAUGGGGAUUUGCUAUCUUGCCAGUGAGCAUUACAAACAUUUAUUCAGCUACAUAUAAAAUGAGAAAACACAACUACUGCUAUCCUGAAGGAAUCUAUCUUUAUUUAGGUAUAGGUUUACCAGUUUUAUUAAUUAUAUCAAUAAACACAUUCGUAUUUUUCACUGUAAUGAGAGAAGUCACUUCCAACACGGUGGAAUCUCACGGAAGCAAGGAAAAUGUUCAAAAAUUACAAAUACAACUUGGUUUUCUCUUAUUUUUCGUAUUGGGCAUACCUUGGAUAUUUUGGGUAUUUGCAAGUUUGAUAUAUAUUCAGUGGAUAAAGAUAACUUUAAUCUAUAUAUUCUCCAUCACUUCGAAUGUGCAAGGAUUUAUAUUGUUUUUAUUUUAUGUUGUUUUUAAUAGUGAAACUAGACUGGCUUGGCAGAAUUAUUUUAUACAUACUAGGCCUAAGUCUUUCUCGAUUAGUACCAAAACUAGCAGUAGAUCUUAAGUAACCGUUUUUUCUAAACGUAUAAAUAUAUUUUAAUCUCAAAUUUUUGUAAAUCAUUAUUUAUAUCAUUCAUUACUAUUAAAAUGACAAGCU